CUGCACGGAUGGGUUAAAUGCAGAGGUGAAAUUUCCCCCUUGUGGGACAAAUAAGGGUCACUUAAUCUUUGUGUGCUGACUUGAACACACUGGGAGGAAAAUCUUAAAAUGUGGCCUGUGCAAAAGUAAUCACACACUUCACCUUUUAUGUUUUGUUCAUUUCAAUACAUUUUAGGGGAGAAAAGUCAAUAAAAGCUCCUUCACAUUUAUCAGCAUUGCACAUGAAAACUCGGAUAACUUGUAGGUUCCAAGUUCUUAUCACCACCACUGUGAAGAAAUGUGUUAGUCAUUUUUGAAAAAGAAUGGAAUUCCCUUCUGAAAUUGGCGAUAAAGGCGAGAAAGGCUUGUGAUAAAACAGAACUAUGGCAAGGGUGAGAACAAAGUGAGGUGUAUUAUAAGAACAGACUGAAAAAUGGCUUCAUGGCCGUGCUCUAACACCUGUACCUGCUUGUUUAAGGCCUGUGGGGCUUUUGUUCAUUUUAACAGGAAUUUCACAGCUGAACUUUACGCCUUGAGUUCGUCUCCAGCUGCACUGAGUUUGGCCUUUUAAACUUUAACUUGGACCCCAUGCUUUAGUUAAAGAGAAGGAGCUGGGCUCAGUACUCACACCUGCAACAGAGGUUUUACAGCUUUCUCUACCUUUAUUCAUUCUGACGCAAACAGAGCCUCACAGCAGGUAAGCAUCCUUCCCUUUCAGUCCUGAUGAUGAUGAUGAUGAUGAUGGUCGUGAUGGUGGUGGUGCAGUGCUGCUGCACCUUGGAAAAGUACAAUAAAACUGACAUGUCACAGUGCUAUAAAAGAACAAGGUGGUGCAAUCACAUUUAUUGUACCCAAAGCUGAAACAAAGACAUUUUUGCUGUUUUAUAUAUGUGCGCAUUUGGACACUGACCCCAUAAAACCAUUUGGCACGGGUUAAUUUUUCAUCGUUUCGCCCAUUUUUAUUUGCCCUCUGCAGGUAUUAAAGGACGGCGAAGCCCUGAGGAGCCUCUGUGCACGUCUCGUCACCCGGGAAGGAGGAACAGGAUCUUCUCUCCAGUUCAGCCCGUAAUUCUGGAUUUUACCCUUUUACCCCUUCACACCUUUCCAUCAUGGCAACCUCAGAGGCCGUCUGCCACGCCAACGCCACCAUUUGCUCUGGCACAUCAUGCCUGGUCCCAGAAAGCAACUUCAACGCCAUCCUGAGCGUGGUCAUGAGCACCGUCCUGACCGUCCUGCUGGCCCUGGUCAUGUUCGCCAUGGGCUGCACGGUGGAAGCUUCCAAACUGUGGGCACACAUCCGCCGGCCCUGGGGCAUCAUCAUCGGCUUCCUGUGCCAGUUCGGGAUCAUGCCCUUCACCGCCUUCAUCCUCUCGCUGGCCUUCCAGGUGCUGCCCAUCCAAGCCAUCGUCAUCAUGAUCAUGGGCUGCUGCCCCGGAGGCGCCAACUCCAACAUCAUCGCCUACUGGCUGGAUGGAGAUAUGGACCUCAGUAUAAGCAUGACCACGUGUUCGUCCAUCCUGGCGCUGGGGAUGAUGCCGCUCUGCCUGCUCAUCUACACCUCGAUCUGGACUUCAGCGGACGCCAUUCAGAUCCCCUACGACAGCAUAGGCAUCACGCUGGUGGGUCUGCUCGUGCCUGUCGCUGUGGGAAUGUACGUCAAACAUCGGUGGCCCAUGCACGCAAAAAGGAUCCUGAGGGUGGGCUCUGUCUUGGGUCUUCUCCUGAUCAUUAUCAUCGCUGUGGUGGGUGGUGUGCUGUAUCAGUCCUCUUGGACAAUCUCCCCCUCUCUGUGGAUCAUUGGAGCCAUCUACCCCAGCAUAGGCUUCGGCCUGGGCUUUCUGCUGGCACGCCUCGUGGGACAACCCUGGUACAGAUGCCGCACCAUCGCCCUGGAGACGGGUUUCCAGAACUCGCAGCUGUGCAGCACCAUCGUCCAGCUGUCCUUCUCCCCAGAAGACCUGGAGGUCAUGUUCGCCUUCCCCCUAAUCUACAGCAUCUUCCAGAUGGUGAUGGCCGUCUUAGCAGUUGGAGGUUACCAGGCCUAUAAGAGGCACUGUCGGCGCAGCCCGCCGGAGGAGGAUGGCGAGAGGGCGAAUGGAGAAGCUGUUGACUCCAGUAAAGAGAAGCAGGACUGUGGUUUGGACAAUGAAGGCUUUCAGUGCGAUGAGAACGGCAACAACGAUAAGGGCAAAAUGACACAGCUGUGAGUUGGUGUCAAAGCCCCUCUCGCUCUGAGCUCCCUCAUAGAGACGUUUGCUGGCAGAAGGCUAUUCUCACCACCUGGCUGGAGGAAUGAGCUGCAGGUCCAAGCGAUUAUUAUUUAUUAUGUCUCUUUGCACAAAAUUUGAAGUAGUUCCUUGGCAUAUCACCACAUCAGUAGAAGCGCUCUAUGUGAGUAAUGUGCACCAGAGUCAGGUCAGUACGUCCUGUGCCUGCCCACAGGUCGACCCAAGAGCUACGACUGGUCAGGGUUUUCGACUCUGGAGUCACAGUGACACUCAUUAUAACCAGAGUUCCAACGAGGAGAGCUUAACACAUUUACACAUGACCUAAAUAUCUAAUUUCAGGGUAAAUGACAGGCUUUUCAGUAACGCUGUCUAUGAACGUCACGUCUAUGAGCAUCUAUAAACACAUUCAUAACAUUGUAAUGCAUUCAUAAAGCAUUCUAAACAUGCUUAUGAAUAUUUGGGAAAAAAUGGAACUACUCUGAAUGACACUUCAUAGCCAUGUAUAUUACACAUUAUGCAUGUAUAAUAUGAAUGCAUUAUAAUGUAUUAUGAAUGUGCUCAUAGAUUCUUAGACAUAACAUUCAUAGAAAAGUGUUUCCGGCUUUUCAAAUGUGUUUUCCAGAGCCAUGAUUUUGGAUCAUUGCUAUGUAAUAUUGGUGUUCAUCGUUUUCAUUGUAUCUAAACGUUAAACAUGUUGAGUUUGCACAUCAGAAGCCUUUAAUAAAACAGGAUUAUUACAUAAACUGUCCCCGGAGGGGGGGAGGAGGAGACCACUUAUAUCGGCCAGAAGACUGUGAAAGCUAAUGAAAAUCUGGGAUAUUUGGGAUAUGAAUAUAGCACAUUUAUGGACUCAUUUAAUUGACUUUAAGUUCUAAUUGUUGUUUUAUACAACUUUUAAGCUGCUGCACUGCAUUUGAAAAAUAUUUUUAAUAUUUAUACGUAUUCAAAGAAUUAUAAGGAAUCUUGUGUUGUUGAUACUG